AUGAAUGCGCACCGCCAAGAUCCCGAGGAGCUGUAUGUAAAGCAGGAUAGGAUUGGGAAAGGCAGCUUCGGCGAAGUCUUCAAAGGAUACGAUAAGAGAACGCAGAAGACUGUGGCAAUUAAGAUUAUUGAUCUUGAGAGUGCGGAGGAUGAGAUUGAGGAUAUUCAGCAAGAGAUAGCCAUUUUGAGCCAGCUGGAUUCACCAUAUGUCACCAAAUAUCAUGGUUCUUUUUUGAAGGGAUCCCACCUCUGGAUAGUGAUGGAAUACUGCUCGGGUGGCUCAUGCUCCGACUUGAUGAAAGCUGGCACUUUCCGCGAGGAGUACAUUGCGAUUGUUCUCCGUGAGUUGUUGAGGGGUCUUGAGUAUCUGCACCAGGAAGGGAAGCUGCAUCGUGACAUCAAGGCUGCCAAUAUACUCCUGAGUGCCACUGGUGACGUGAAGCUGGCUGACUUCGGAGUGUCUGGGCAACUCAGCGGCACACUAUCAUCGAAGAAGAACACUUUCGUUGGUACGCCAUACUGGAUGAGCCCGGAAGUUAUCAAACAAUCAGGCUAUGAUUCCAAGGCAGAUAUUUGGAGUCUGGGAAUCACCGCAAUAGAGCUGGCCAAGGGGAAUCCACCGUACUCCGAGCUUCAUCCCAUGAAAGUUCUCUUUCUCAUCCCAAAGAAUCCGCCGCCACAAUUGGACGUGAGCUUCUCGAAGCCAUUCCGAGACUUUGUCAAUCUCUGCCUACAGCGAGAUCCCAAAGAUCGACCACAUGCAAAGGAGCUUCUGAAACAUAAAUUUAUCCGUUCGGCAAGGAAAACCGCAUAUCUCACUGAACUCAUCGAUAAGCACCAGCAAUGGAAAUCUUCGGGCGGCGGAGAAGCAGAAGAUGAUGCUGCGGAAACAGCGGACGAUUAUGCUGUCAGGCCAGAAGAAGAGGAGGACCUAUGGGACUUCGGCACGGUACGGCAACCACAGGGGCAACCAGCCCCGCGCAAUACUAGGAUUGCCACACAGACCUCAGAGAAUGGGCACCCCAAUGGCGGUCUUCGACACGCUACUUCGGCUCGUAAUCUUCGUGACAAUGAGAAUCGACCAUCUAUAUCACCGUCCGUCGUAUCUGGCCAGGAAACCCUCCGACAGAAUACUGCACCCCCGCCAAAACCGCCUACCUCUGCCCCGGAAUAUGAUUCAGAUGAUUCAGACGAAGAAGUCUACGAACAUGCUUCAAAUGGAGAGGAAUCAGACCCAGAUGGUCUUAUGUUGGACACCGUUGUCUUACCGGCCAUGGCCACCCUGUUUCCUCGAAUUUCCAAUGACGAGGGUCGGCGUGCACUUGUCAAACUGCAAGACGCCUUCAUUGAAGCUGAAAGGACAAUUCCAGGGUUGACAUUUGAGCUAAUUGGGGAGAUCACACGAUCCAUAAAUCAGGUGGAUCGGGACCAAUGA